CGGCCGCUGCCAACGCUGAACCCCCGCCGGAGCGAUGCGCCCCAUUGAGGCGCUGUUGGCCCUUCCCUGGGGGCUCCUCUUGUUCGGGGGGGCCCUCCUGGGCCGGCAGGUGCGAGGCCUCCGCCACAGCGUCUACUGGAACGCCAGCAAUCCCAGGUUCUUUGAUUCAGACGGAGGCUACGCCAUCCAGGUGUCCAUCAAUGACUAUCUGGAUAUUUACUGCCCCCAUUAUGAGCGGCCGUUGGCUGCGGGAAACCCAGAAACCUUCACUUUGCUAAUGGUCAACGCCGAAGGCUACCGAGGGUGCUAUGAAACUCCGGGAGCUUUCAAACGCUGGGAAUGCAACCGCCCGUAUGCUCCCUACGGAGCCAUCCGCUUCUCAGAGAAAAUCCAAAGGUUCACCCCGUUCUCCCUGGGCAUCGAGUUUCAGAGGGGCCAGGAAUAUUACUAUAUAUCUAUCCCGACGUCGGAGAGUGCUGGGCAGUGUUUGAAGCUACGAGUUUUUGUCUGCUGCAAAGCCACCACAGACCCUGUCACAGAGGCACCCAAAUCUCAGCCACGUGGGAGAGGCGGUCCAGAGAAAGCGGUCGUCGCCCAAGGAAACGGCCCUGCCCCGAUCCAGCUCAGCGUUGCCUGCCUGGGACUCCUGGCAGUGCCCUUCCUGUGGCUCUGACUGUGGGGAAUCUGGAUUACAAGCCUCCCUGAGGCUCGGGCCGGGCAGGGAGCGCUGCCAGAGGGAUUUCUCCACCCCGCUGCUACCCCCAUUGCAGAGAUGCCGAUUUGUCACUUGGCACUUUAGACCUGGCUGGGGACCCCCCCUCCAAUUCUCCGAUCACAAAGCUGCAUCUUGGAUGGGCAGCGUUCCCGGCUGCCGAGGGACAGGAUUCGCCUCUUUAAUCCGGGAUGCUCAUCUCUGCUCCCAUUCAGGCUCAGGAGGAUUUUCAAUGGGAGUGCAUUGUGUCUUGUUCCCACCGGAUGUCAAAGCUGCGCUUUCUGCGUCGGGGACCGGAUUAAGACCCGGGCUUCCCUCCCCGUAAAGAAAAUCCAGAUUUUAGUUUCUUCCAGGGGUCUCCAGGACUGCACGCCAAAGAUAGGAGAUUCCCCCUGCCCCCCGUUUGCAAUUUCUGAUGACCUAAAACAUUGCUGCUGGAAUGGAGGAGGUUGGCUCCUCCCCUCCCUCUUUCCUCUUUCAGGUGGUC